AUGGCCGUCUUCCCAACCGCCCCUGAGCAGCAGCCCUCUAGCUCAACCAUACCUCGAGCUCCAGUUCUACUCCCAGCGCAAUCAGCUCCACAGGGACCGGUCACAAUCCCUCUCGACCAGCCUGAACCGGUCGUAAAAGCCGUAAACAUCGAAGAUGGCGCGGAAGCCGGAGCCGAUGCACCUUCAACGGCUCUCCGUCGCACUCCGCUCCGUCGGGAUAGCAUGAAACGACGUGAAGCGCUCAUCAAGGGAAAGGAAGGCAGUAGAAGACGUCAAAGAUGGGAGAAUGACAACUUCUUAAACAACCCAUCCUUCGCCCCUCCCACGGCCGAAGACUUUUCUCCAACGGCUCUUCACCCAAGGCGUGUCGUUCGUUACGAAUUCGCAACACUUUGGGAUCCAUCCAAUCCUGCCAAGUACGGCUAUGCCACAGCUCACCACGUCCCAUCUUCAGCUGCCAAAGGCGCAGGUAGUCAUGACGAAAAGCGGGUUCCUAAGAACUUGAAGGACAGGCUUAAGCGCUCCAAAGGCGCAAUGGACCUUUUGAAGUCCCUAGAGGAAGAAGUCAGGCGAUAUGCGGCUACGUUGUGGGGUUGUGUCGACGAAUACUGUCAUGGAUCGAAUGAGUGUGCUGUGGAGGACGAUGAAGAUGAAGAAGAUAAGGAUUGUGACAAAAUGGACACCUCCGUUGACUUUGGAACUGCUAAAAAGUCGAUCGUGGAAGAGGAAAUGAAGGAUUCUGAAGAUGAAGAAAUUGUGUUUGUCCCCCGGAUGAAGACGAUUAAGCUCGAUUCUUCGGUUGAGGCCGCACAACAGGUUAAGGAACCGGUGGUACAGCGAGAGGUGUAUAUCCCUGUGCUCGGACCACCACUGGAAAAGUCGGUGUUCGAGGCACCGCAUGAUGACCAAGGAGCUAGCUUUGGCCGCUGGUUAGUGCAUUCUAUCGCUCUCUACUACGGCCUUAGGUCCUGGAGCGAAACUCAAGGUAGUCCGGCCAAGAGAAUUGCGUUUGUAGGAGCACAACCGAACGAAAGAAAAAGGUUGAAAUCGGGGCGGUUAUUGAAGCAUCCGAAGGCAUUGCCAAGGCCAUUGUGGAUGAUGUUGUAA